AUGGACCCUGACUCCGAGUAUUUGACCGCCUUUCGCACCCGUUUCGGAACUUUCCGCUGGAAAGUCCUCCCGUUCGGUCUGAAGGUAGGUCCCGCCUGGUUCCAGCAGUUUAUCAACGCGCAGCUUCACGAUCUCCUCGACCGGUGCGCCAGCGCCUACGCAGAUGACGUCCUGAUCUACUCGGAUAAAGAAGAAGACCACUGGAAAGACUGUCAAGAAGUGAUCUGGCGACUCCAUCAGGCCAACCUCCAGGGAGACAUCAAGAAGUCUAGAUUUAACGUGACCAAGGUUGACUACCUCGGCGUUCUGCUUGAAGCCGGUGUGGGCCUUAGUGUCGACCCUCGGAAAGUUCGAUCGAUACAAGACUGGAAGUUUGAAGACCUCCGAGACCGCACCGCGAUCCGAUCAUUCGUUGGCCUAUGCAACUUCAUCCGUGUUUUCUGCUACCACGCCUCCGGAGUGGCAGAACCCUUGAACCGGUUGCUUAAGAAGGAUGUUGCCUUUGUGAUGGGCCCGGAGCAACGCGAAGCAUUUGAUCAACUCAAGCGCCUGGCUAUCGAAGCCCCGGUCCUCGCCUUCUUUAGACCAGAACUGCCGACCCGACUGGAGACCGAUGCCUCCCGGAAUGCCACAGCUGGUGUUCUAUGGCAGGAACAGCCUGAUCAGACCUGGAAGCCCGUUGGAUUCUUCUCUAAGACCAUGACCCCGGCCGAGCGAGCCUACCCAAUCCAAGAUCGAGAGCUCCUCGCCGUCGUACAGAGUCUAGAGCACUUCUACCCAGAGCUCUUAGGCCAGAAGUUCGAUGUGAUCACCGAUCACGAAGCCUUAGUCCAUUUCUCUACGAAGCGCCUGCUCUCGGUACGACAGAUCAGAUGGUCCGACUUUCUCGCCCAGUUCGACAUCCGUUUCCUCUACCGCCCCGGUCGACUGAACGUAGUCGCCGAUGCCCUCUCCAGGAAGACAGCGGAGCUCCCUACCGUAAAGGCCCGGGAAGCCGAGGAACGCACGGUGACCCUGAUCCCUCCGGAAAGGCUAGGCUUCGCGACCGACUCUCUAGACCCUACGGCCGCCGGCAACCUGCCCCUCAGAACUUUACAGACGCCCGAUCAAGACCGCCCAGAACUAGACCCGAACUCGGUCCCGAAGGGAGCCGAACUCGUUUCGUUGAUCCGCCAAGAGAACCUCCUCCAAGACCUCGGCACCCAUGGAACACACCUGAUCGUACCAGCCCAGACCUCAGACAAGCAGACGUUUCUUCAGACCGCGCUCAUUCGCGAAGCCCACGAGCCCCAGAUCUUCGCUCACGCCGGACAGAACAAGGUGAUCAAGCUGCUCCAACGAGACUUCUACUGGCCAAGGAUGAAGGAGGAUAUCCGUCGUUAUAUUCGGAACUGCCACGACUGCCGCCGCAACAAAACCCCUCGAGACAAGACCCCUGGACUGCUCCAUCCACUGCCCGUGCCGACUUCUGUUUGGGAGCACGUCGAAUGUGACGGGAAGGAUAUGCCGAAAGACCGUUACGGAUAUGACUAUGUUUGGACCUUCGUCUGCAAGCUAAGCCGGAUUAUCGCCACGCUCCCAGGAAAGAAAAACGAUACAGCAGAAGUCUUAGCUAGCCGCUACUUCCGCUACCUCUAUCGUUUCUUCGGUAUGCCCCUCGUAUGGAUUUCUGACAACGCUGGACAGUUUAUUUCUGCCUUCCUCGCAGAGAUUAACCGGCUCACGGGAACGAAGCAUCGUCAUGGAAGCUCCCUACACCCUCAGACCCAAGGGGGUGUAGAAGUCACAAAUCAAUACCUGGAUCAAAAGCUACGAUUCUACGUGACGAAGCAUCAAGACAACUGGAGUUCCCUGCUGCCCGCCCUCGACUUCGCCCAUAACUCGUCUUGGCACUCUUCCAUCGACAUGGCACCGUUAAAAACCGCCCAGGAAACCCAGGAAGACGCCAGGAAUGCUGCCACCGCCGCUCAAGAACGUCAGAAGGAACAGGCUAAUAGGAAACGACGACCAACCGACUUUGCCAUCGGUCCGUUCGUAAUCCUGGAAGAACGCGGUCAUAGCUACGUACUGCAGCUGCCCGAGUCGUACAAAAUGAAGAACCUAUUCCACGCCGACCGUCUUCGAAAAGCAGCCGAUAACCCCUUGCCCCAGCAGAUCCAGUCACCUCCGCCACCCGAGGAGAUCAACGGUGAACCCGAGGAUGUGACCCUGAUGAGACCUGGUACCCGGCUAAAUUUCCGUAACGCACCAAUGGCAUUGAAGAUUUUCCACGAUGAACAUCCGGACGCAGCAGGCCCACCCGUCAACCUGCAAUACUGGAUCGAAUGUGCUGCAGCGAAGGAGGGCUGCGAGGAACGAGACGAUGACGACACAGCAGAGAAAGCCGUGAAACCAAGAACCCGCCGCCACGACUGA